AUGCUCUCAAAAGACUCUUCCAUCCUGAUAAUCGGUGCUGGAACCUGGGGCUGUAGCAUCGCGCUUGAGCUCGCGAGGAAUGGCUACACGGAUAUAACGGUUCUGGAUGGGGAGGAGGUGCCCAGCAGCAUCGCGGCAGGGAAUGAUGUCAACAAGAUCAUGGAAGAAGGUUCGCAGUCUGAGGAGGACACAGACUCGGCCUAUGCAUGGAACCGCCUUCACGACAUCUGCACCGAGGCGUGGUUGAACGAUCCGCUGUAUAAGCCGUUCUACCAUCGGACGGGAUACGUCAUGGCGGCCUCAUCGGAUUAUGCAUACGCCGCUCUGCUAGAUGACAUCCGGGGCCACGAGGCCGAAUAUCAGCAGUUAGAUUCUGCAGAAGGAUUCCGAAGGACAAUGCCGGAAGGUGUUCUGACUGGUGAUUUCAAAGGCUGGAGAGGCUUCUCGAAACCAACCGGUGCGGGCUGGGUGUUUGCACGGGGUGCAGUCGUGGCGGCAAAGCAAGAGGCCGAGAAGCUUGGUGCGCGCUUCAUCACUGGACACAGGGGAGACGUAGUCGAGCUCCUAUUCGAGACAGCCGGUCUACAAGACGAACGAAUAGGGGCGGGAGGAGGGCGCCUGCAAGGAGUCAAGACGGCCGAUGGGACUGUCCACACUGCCCAUACCACCAUCCUCGCCAAUGGUGCCAACGCCGACUUCCUUCUUGACCUGAAAUACCAGCUAAGGCCAACAGCGUGGACGUUGGCACAUAUCAAAAUGACACCCGAGGAAGCGAAGCUGUAUAAAGACUUACCCGUGCUCUUCCACAUCGAGAAGGGCUUCUUUAUGGAGCCUACCGCUGACACGCACGAGCUCAAGAUCUGCGACGAGCAUCCGGGGUACAUCAACCCAAUAUAUUCUUCCGGGAGCGAUAACAGCGACAAAAGCAUCAAGCCAGGUAAUAAGUCAAUCGUAGGCUCCAGGCCUUUUGCCAAACAGCAGAUCCCCCUAGAGUCCGAAGCCCGCGUGCGCGCGUUCCUGCGCGAGACGAUGCCGCAGCUGGCAGAGCGGCCGUUCAGCUUCGCGCGCAUUUGCUGGGAUGCGGACACGCCGGACCGCAUGCCGCUCAUCGACUGGCAUCCGAGCUCCUCCGAGUCCGAGUCUGACCCCGAUAGGCGGAACUUCCUCCUUGCUGUGGGCGGUAGCGGACACUGCUUCAAGACGAUGCCGGCGAUGGGACGAGUCGUGCGCGAGUUCCUGGAGGGCCGGGUGGACGAGCGCACUCGGCGUGCGUUCAGAUGGAGGCCUGAGACUGCGGUUGAUCGGGACUGGUGGGAUGUGCAGGACAGAUGGGGCGCUGAUGGGAAGGUGAUAGACUUUGGUGUCGUAAAGGGGUGGACGAGUAUUGGGCAGUGA